CCGUACUCUACCCCAAACAGGUGGAGGUGGACCUUUGCCGCUGACCAGGCGUGUCCGAGCGGUCACUUUCAGGGAUGACUUCAACAGUUACAACAAGGGAAACUGGAAUCCUGAAAUAUCUAUGUUUGGUGGUUUCAACUGGGAGUUCCAGGUCUACACUCCGGAAUCCAAGAACAUCUACGCCAGUGGCGGCCAUCUCUACCUGCGUCCCACUUUGACCACAGAUGACCCAAGAUGGGAUGAAAACUUUCUCCAUACUGGAGUCAUGGACGUGGCAAAGAUCUGGGGCAAAUGCACCAAUGACGGCAACUAUGGCUGUGUGAGGGAUGGACACAACGGCUUGCUGCCCCCGGUCAUGUCUGGCAAAGUCUCCAGUGUUCCUACUGCUCGUUUUGGAACUGUGGAAGUUCGAGCUAAGAUUCCCAGAGGAGACUGGUUGUGGCCUGCUAUCUGGAUGAUGCCACAGGAGAGUCAUUACGGAGGCUGGCCCAGAUCUGGAGAGAUUGAUAUUAUGGAGUCUAGAGGAAACGCCGGUGAUCUGGGUGUUGGCACAGUCAGCAGUACUCUCCACUGGGGACCAUCUACGGACCAGAACAGAUUCUCUCUGACCCACGGAGAAAAGCACAGCGCAAAUUAUCACACCGACUACCACACCUGGCGUUUGGACUGGACACAAGAUCAUCUCAAAACUUUUAUUGACAACCAGCUAAUCCUGGACGCAGAAGUGGGAGCUGGAUUCUGGCAGAAAGGUGGAUUCUCAGGGUCCAAUCCAUGGGCAGGCGGUGGUCAUUCAGCUCCCUUUGACCGUCCUUUCUACAUGAUCCUCAACGUGGCCGUUGGUGGCACUAACGGAUUCUUUCCCGACAACGUCAACUGGGGCACCAAAAAACCAUGGGCCAACACCUCACCACAUGCAGCACAGGACCUCUGGGACGCUCGCAGCAGUUGGUUGCCCAGCUGGCAGGGAGAUAACACCGCUUUGAUUGUCGAUUAUGUCGAAUUCAGAAACCCAUAA